CAGGUGUGUGUGUGUGUGUUUGUCACUUUUAACCCCUCAUCUCAUCUCAUCUCAUCUUAUCUAAAGCAGAGAAAGAAACACAGAAGCUCGUGCACCGGUGUCUGAUAUAUGCCUGUAAUGACUCUGGGGCUGCUGCAAUGGACCUUCAGUGUUUUUAUGAUCCUCAUCAUCUUUCAGAGUGUUUGUCUCAUCUUCAACACAACCAACUCACAGGACAGCAGGUAUGAAGUGACAGACACGCUCCACCAGUUUCAAUGUGCUAAACUCCGAGCAAAGUUUUCUGUCAUCCGACCGGCAAAGAGUAUUAAUAUCAAUAAAUUCACUGAGGAUGUGUCAGAUUUGAUGAACUGCCCUUACACGCCAAACAUAAUCGAGCGGGAACUAAACAGGGUCAAUCUGAAGUUUUGUUGUAAUGCCACAGAAACUUUAUUUCUCACCCAACACAACACAGCUGUCAAUCAAGAGAUUCAGUAUGAAACCGAAAUUGAACAAAGACACAAAAUGGAUGCAGAACUUCACAGAAUGUUGCCUGAGGGCUUUCCCUGGACUUCUGGUGGUUUGGGUCGCUGUGCUGUGGUGGGAAGCGGUGGGAUUUUACAGAACAGUAGCUGUGGACAAAAGAUUGACAGUGCAGACUUUGUCAUACGGUUUAAUUUGGCGACUCUUAAUGUCAGUGAUGUUGGUGUGAAGACGAAUCUAGUCACCAUUAAUCCCAGUCAGAUUGAGAAAAAUUACAGAGACCUGGAGAAAAACGCAAGUUCACUGGUGGAACGAGUCCGUGUGUACGGGAACGCUCACCUCAUUAUCCCGGCCUUCGUCAAAGUGUCCAACACCAAUUGGUCUCUCCAAACUCUUCAGGCCCUUCGGCCGUUCAGACCUCAGCAGCCGGUCGUGUUCUUCAGUCCCUCUUACCUGCGGACGUUGGACCGGUUCUGGAAGGAGCGUGGCCUGAAGGAGAUCCGCCUCUCAACGGGGUUUAUGAUGAUCAACGUGGCAUUGGAGCUGUGCAAGGACGUGGACGUUUACGGAUUCUGGCCGUUCGACACAGACUUUCAGCUGCGGCCGCUUCCUUACCAUUAUUUUGAUGAGACUCGCCCGAGCCGCCGCGUGCACGCCAUGCCGGAGGAGUUCAUGCGUCUGCUGCAGAUGCACAGCCAGGGGGCGCUGACAUUACACCUGCAGCAGUGCUCUUAACAAACACACAUUAACAUCUUAAUGCAUCUCUACCAAACCUGAAGGGUUCACGCACAUUCAUCUGUUUACUGUUUAAGUGCUGAACACUCGAGACUUCUGGUGCUUUUAAAUUAUAUUAUGCCCAUUUUUACAAGAUGUAAUAUAAGUCUCAGGUGUUUCUGUGAUGUUUCAGCUCAAAAUAUCUCACAGAUCAUUUAUUAUAGCCUCUCCGUAGUGUCCCUAUUUGGGUGGGAGGAAAGGUUUGCACAUGAAGGCAGGAUGGCUCAGAUUGUUAGAAAUGUAAGUAGAAGAACCAUGGAAGAGACUGUGAACGCUCUUUAAUAUGUUCUUUAAAUGUCUGUUUAUGCACAAAUUUCUGUGAGCUGCACAGUGUGCUCCCUUAACAAAAUUGUGGAUGAUGCAUCUGCACACAGACAAAUAGAUGUCAAUUUCUCUAGGUGAUGUUUACUUGUCUGUUUAUUUUUAUCUGU